AUGGCAACAGAGGACACGCUGGAGAUUCGGGCCACGUCUCCCCUAGAAGGUUUCCUCAAGACCGUUGGCUUUGUGGGUUCAAUGUUGGGUAUUGUCAACUUUGGAUUGGCCAACAUGCCCGACGAGAAAAAAGUUCGAGGACCGACCGUACGGGUGAAGGUUGGCACUUCUGGCGGCGACGACGCCGAACUUGACGGCGGAUUCAACUCAAUCUAUGCCUGGGACUCAGAGAACUGCUACCUAGGUUGGGCCGACGGGAAACAUAUCGGCUCUGGCGAUAUAGAUGACUUCGUCAUCGACUCUGUCUCUGGCGGCACGCGGGCUGAAUAUGUCGGCGUCGCCGCCUCGACAGAUGGAGUAUGCAUCGCCUGGGUCUCGGUCUCUCAGUUCGACGGAACCCCCGGCGGAGCCUGGACGGGCGACGUCGGGUAUUACUGUGGCCAGCCUUGGUAUCCGUCAAAGGAGAAGGCAGGGUUCGUCGACAAGGACCUGAGCAAACCAUUCAUCCCGAGAUGCACCUGGCUAGACAAGGACCACAACAACAAAAUCCCCAGGGCCGCCCUCAAGUUCAGCGUCAGUGGAUACGGCGAGGACGCUGUGAAGACGAUCGACAACUCCAAGGCGUGCGACCGCUCACUUUUCGGUCCAGACAGUGGGCCAAUCAGCAAGCGACCCCAAAAGCGAGUUGAACGCCGCGCACGCCUUCCUUGGAUGGAGCAGAAACUGGUCAUGUCAAACAUCACCCAACACACCGCCGAGGAGUUAUGCACAUCCACCACAUCUUACGGUCCCGACUUUGUUGGAUCCGACGGCAAGUUCUGCGAUAUGGGCACCAAGACGCUGAGCCCGUUGUGCUCCACCGAAAACGUCCCCGGGUGCAUCGAUAUCAACAACAAGUCGAAGACGGUCACGAAGCGCAGCUUCAUUGCGAGACGCGCCGUCGAUGUCAAUCACAAGACGUAUAAAGCCAUUGAUAGUUGGGCGUGA